GGUAGCUGUACCACAGAGAACUAUUCGAUAUGAUCUUGUAAUUCGGUAUGAGGCUUCCUAUUAUGGUUUGGCUGACGUACAGAUUUUUGUUCAUCAAUUUGUUGAUGGUCGAGGUGCGGCGUUAUCACUUUCCUAUCAUUUGGUUCCAGAGGAGAAUGUGUUGGUUGUACCACUGGAGAUACAGGUUGCCAGAUCUGAGUUAGAUGUGAACAUCAUUGCGUACACUCAUUACUUUCCUAGUGAAGCAGUCUUUGUUGACUCGGUUUUGUUGAUGCCAGAAGUGCAGGACCUUCUAGAAUUUCAAGCAUUAGAGCCUAUGGACCAAACUGUUUUUCUGGACACUUGCUACCACGUUAGGAGAAGCGUGUUAACAUCAUUUAGUUUUGCAAUUGAUGAGCAAUGUAGAAAACAGACAAUUCUUGUCAAUGCUGCCCUCUUUAAUGGAUCACUCGAUUGUGACUGUAAUGGAGUGGGAACAGUGAAUUAUAGCAGAACGUGUGAGAAACUUGGUGGUCAGUGUUCGUGUGUUCCUAAUGUCAUCACUCAGACAUGUUCAAUGUGUGAACGCAUGUACUUUGGAUUUGACAAUGAUGGCUGUGAAGCUUGUAGUUGUGAUGUCAUUGGGUCAAAGUCAAUUCAAUGCAAUGAAACUGGUUAUUGUGACUGCACUGGCAAUGCAGAAGGGCAGAAAUGUGAUAUGUGCAAAUCAUCUUUUUUCAACUUUAGUAUUGAGAAUCCCGAUGUCUGUGAAGCUUGUUUGUGCAAUGUUACUGGCUCUAAUCUGUUAGCCAGUGGGAAAUGCAAUGCUACAACAGGACAGUGUGUGUGUAAAGAAAAUGUAGAGGGUUUAAAAUGUGCAACUUGCAAGACAAAGUACUUCAGUUUGCAGUUAAACAAUUCUGAAGGCUGUGAAGCUUGCGAUUGCCAUUCCAUCGGAUCUGUCAAUAUGUCUUGUGAUGAUGUGGGUCAGUGUUCAUGCAAGAACAAUGCAAUUGGAUUGAAGUGUGAUGCAUGUGAGGAUGGAUUCUUUAUGGUGGUUUCUGAUGAUGGUAAUGGAUGUCAUCCUUGUGGCUGUUCAUUAUCCACUGCAGUUUCACUGUUGUGCAACAAUGUAUCAGGACAAUUUCUAUUGGUUGCCUUACUCUGA